AGCCUAGCAGACGCAUGAAUAUGCCCCGCAACCGGAACUACAACCAGCCAGGGAAGUACCGCGGAGUGAGGAAGCGAGGGGAGUUUAGAUACAUAGCAGAAAUUAAGAACACCAGUAGUGGGGUCCGGAAGUGGCUGGGGACGUUUGCAACUGCAGAGGAGGCUGCUCUGGCGUUCGAUCGAGCGGCUGUGGAGAUCCGAGGAGCAAAGGCUAAGCUUAACUUCCCAGAUAAUUUUAAUCCGGGAGAGGGAGGAGUAGGCUCAGGGCCUGCAGCAUUGGAAGCAGCAGAUAUGAAGGGGCAUACAAACCUGCUGUUUAAGUCAUCAGGUGCUGUCAUAAAUGAAAGGGAGUUACUGGGUUUUGAUGAGCCCGGAGCGGGCUUGGGAGGUUUGAAAGCAGCUGGGGUUGGGGUUGCUGCAGGCUAGAAUAGCACACCUGAGGAGCUCUUGAAAAAAUGUUUCGUUUAGGGGCAGACCCUUUGGUGCGUUUUCUAUUUCCGAAAUGGUAUGGGACCCGAAAUUGUCUG